CUGCCGAUCCGACAGAGACCGCUUUGACUGUCAAACCAUCUGGAACAUUCCGCAUGCAUGUCAAAAAGCGUGCAACGAUUGCGGAAAUCGCUCCAUAGAGACUCGGAACAUCACACUAUACAUGUCUCAUUGAUAGCUUGGUCUCAAGAUAUCCAUUCGGAAUCAAAUAGACUUUCGAUGACCUCCUCUACUAUGCUUCAGAAUUCUACAGAUGCCGAUACCGAUAGCGCCCCUGAGCCUCUUCCGUUGGCAACUGGUGAUAGCAAAUGUGUGGGCGCCGCCAAAACCAGGCCGGAAUACCAUGGCCAAAAAAAAGAGAAAACGUUGCAGCGACCAAGAAGAUGACACAGGUGAAAUCGAUGAAGAUCGAUUUUCCGAGAUGGCAAGAUCCGAGCGAAAACGGUACCGUGAGAAGAAACGGAGGAAUGAUGUUAACAAAGGCUGCAACGACCUCUUGAGUAUUCUAAUUGAAGUCGACCCUCUACUUCGAGCCGAGGCCGAGGAGCGAGCUCAACGAGACCAAUGGAAAGGAACCGAUAGGGCCCACGAUGAUAACCUUCUCAGUCGAGUUGACCUCAUUAGUCGAACUGUCGGGGUUUUGCGCAGGGUUCAUCAAGAGAACGAGUGCAGGAAGCAAAUUAUUGAGCAGCUCCUGAAAUCGAAUGGAGGGAUUGGAAGCGCUUUGCCCACUGCGGCAUUUCUCCCUCAGUCAAAGAGUCAGCAUAUGGCUGUGGAUAUCGAUAGCCCUUCGAGUAGUCUUGGACUACUUGCUACCCUCUUGCAGCGCAAUCAUUCGCUCCCGCAUACGACUAUGGGUCGAUUUCUCAAUGAACGCCAUUCCUUUUCCUCAGACCUUUCGCUCUCGCUGGCGUAUCUACAAGAUAAUGUUUCGAAAGCUAAUGGGCUCAUCAACCAUUCCUUUCUGAAUCUCCCUGCCGACCCACCGGCUGGCUUGGUUCUUGCUCAAUUAGGACAGACCCAGCAACAUUCAGAAAGUGCGUAUCACCAACAAGCUUUCCUAAGACAAGACAUUCAGGCGGCAGGAGGGAGAUUGAAUCAGCUUGAAGUAGACGCUACGGUGUUUCCCCAGAACAAACCAACGAGUUUCUCUUAUACAGGUCACCAUCAGCGUUUCUAGAUUCAUGGGCGCUCUCAUUUUAUUCAGGUAGCAUCCGUUAUCGGAAUAAAUACCAAAAUAUUCUUUUUCAUUUUGA